AUGGGAGAAAAUUCAGGCCAGGCCAGGCCAGGCAGGCCAGGCCAGGCCAGGCCAGGCCAGGCCAGGCCAGGCCAGGCCAGGCCAGGCCAGGCCAGGCCAGGCCAGGCCAGGCCAGGCCAGGCCAGGCCAGGGCCAGGCCAGGCCAGGCCAGGCCAGGCCAGGCCAGGCCAGGCCAGGCCAGGCCAGGCCAGGCCAGGCCAGGCCAGGCCAGGCCAGGCCAGGCCAGGCCAGGCCAGGCCAGGCCAGGCCAGGCCAGGCCAGGCCAGGCCAGGCCAGGCCAGGCCAGGCCAGGCCAGGCCAGGCCAGGCCAGGCCAGGCCAGGCCAGGCCAGGCCAGGCCAGGCCAGGCCAGGCCAGGCCAGGCCAGGCCAGGCCAGGCCAGGGCCAGGCCAGGCCAGGCCAGGCCAGGCCAGGCCAGGCCAGGCCAGGCCAGGCCAGGCCAGGCCAGGCCAGGCCAGGCCAGGCCAGGCCAGGCCAGGCCAGGCCAGGCCAGGCCAGGCCAGGCCAGGCCAGGCCAGGCCAGGCCAGGCCAGGCCAGGCCAGGCCAGGCCAGGCCAGGCCAGGCCAGGCCAGGCCAGGCCAGGCCAGGCCAGGCCAGGCCAGGCCAGGCCAGGCCAGGCCAGGCCAGGCCAGGCCAGGCCAGGCCAGGCCAGGCCAGGCCAGGCCAGGCCAGGCCAGGCCAGGCCAGGCCAGGCCAGGCCAGGCCAGGCCAGGCCAGGCCAGGCCAGGCCAGGCCAGGCCAGGCCAGGCCAGGCCAGGCCAGGCCAGGCCAGGCCAGGCCAGGCCAGGCCAGGCCAGGCCAGGCCAGGCCAGGCCAGGCCAGGCCAGGCCAGGCCAGGCCAGGCCAGGCCAGGCCAGGCCAGGCCAGGCCAGGCCAGGCCAGGCCAGGCCAGGCCAGGGCCAGGCCAGGCCAGGCCAGGCCAGGCCAGGCCAGGCCAGGCCAGGCCAGGCCAGGCCAGGCCAGGCCAGGCCAGGCCAGGCCAGGCCAGGCCAGGGCCAGGCCAGGCCAGGCCAGGCCAGGCCAGGCCAGGCCAGGCCAGGCCAGGCCAGGCCAGGCCAGGCCAGGCCAGGCCAGGCCAGGCCAGGCCAGGCCAGGCCAGGCCAGGCCAGGCCAGGCCAGGCCAGGCCAGGCCAGGCCAGGCCAGGCCAGGCCAGGCCAGGCCAGGCCAGGCCAGGCCAGGCCAGGCCAGGCCAGGCCAGGCCAGGCCAGGCCAGGCCAGGCCAGGCCAGGCCAGGCCAGGCCAGGCCAGGCCAGGCCAGGCCAGGCCAGGCCAGGCCAGGCCAGGCCAGGCCAGGCCAGGCCAGGCCAGGCCAGGCCAGGCCAGGCCAGGCCAGGCCAGGCCAGGCCAGGCCAGGCCAGGCCAGGCCAGGCCAGGCCAGGCCAGGCCAGGCCAGGCCAGGCCAGGCCAGGCCAGGCCAGGCCAGGCCAGGCCAGGCCAGGCCAGGCCAGGCCAGGCCAGGCCAGGCCAGGCCAGGCCAGGCCAGGCCAGGCCAGGCCAGGCCAGGCCAGGCCAGGCCAGGCCAGGCCAGGCCAGGCCAGGCCAGGCCAGGCCAGGCCAGGCCAGGCCAGGCCAGGCCAGGCCAGGCCAGGCCAGGCCAGGCCAGGCCAGGCCAGGCCAGGCCAGGCCAGGCCAGGCCAGGCCAGGCCAGGCCAGGCCAGGCCAGGCCAGGCCAGGCCAGGCCAGGCCAGGCCAGGCCAGGCCAGGCCAGGCCAGGCCAGGCCAGGCCAGGCCAGGCCAGGCCAGGCCAGGCCAGGCCAGGCCAGGCCAGGCCAGGCCAGGCCAGGCCAGGCCAGGCCAGGCCAGGCCAGGCCAGGCCAGGCCAGGCCAGGCCAGGCCAGGCCAGGCCAGGCCAGGCCAGGCCAGGCCAGGCCAGGCCAGGCCAGGCCAGGCCAGGCCAGGCCAGGCCAGGCCAGGCCAGGCCAGGCCAGGCCAGGCCAGGCCAGGCCAGGCCAGGCCAGGCCAGGCCAGGCCAGGCCAGGCCAGGCCAGGCCAGGCCAGGCCAGGCCAGGCCAGGCCAGGCCAGGCCAGGCCAGGCCAGGCCAGGCCAGGCCAGGCCAGGCCAGGCCAGGCCAGGCCAGGCCAGGCCAGGCCAGGCCAGGCCAGGCCAGGCCAGGCCAGGCCAGGCCAGGCCAGGCCAGGCCAGGCCAGGCCAGGCCAGGCCAGGCCAGGCCAGGCCAGGCCAGGCCAGGCCAGGCCAGGCCAGGCCAGGCCAGGCCAGGCCAGGCCAGGCCAGGCCAGGCCAGGCCAGGCCAGGCCAGGCCAGGCCAGGCCAGGCCAGGCCAGGCCAGGCCAGGCCAGGCCAGGCCAGGCCAGGCCAGGCCAGGCCAGGCCAGGCCAGGCCAGGCCAGGCCAGGCCAGGCCAGGCCAGGCCAGGCCAGGCCAGGCCAGGCCAGGCCAGGCCAGGCCAGGCCAGGCCAGGCCAGGCCAGGCCAGGCCAGGCCAGGCCAGGCCAGGCCAGGCCAGGCCAGGCCAGGCCAGGCCAGGCCAGGCCAGGCCAGGCCAGGCCAGGCCAGGCCAGGCCAGGCCAGGCCAGGCCAGGCCAGGGCCAGGCCAGGCCAGGCCAGGCCAGGCCAGGCCAGGCCAGGCCAGGCCAGGCCAGGCCAGGCCAGGCCAGGCCAGGCCAGGCCAGGCCAGGCCAGGCCAGGCCAGGCCAGGCCAGGCCAGGCCAGGCCAGGCCAGGCCAGGCCAGGCCAGGCCAGGCCAGGCCAGGCCAGGCCAGGCCAGGCCAGGCCAGGCCAGGCCAGGCCAGGCCAGGCCAGGCCAGGCCAGGCCAGGCCAGGCCAGGCCAGGCCAGGCCAGGCCAGGCCAGGCCAGGCCAGGCCAGGCCAGGCCAGGCCAGGCCAGGCCAGGCCAGGCCAGGCCAGCAGGCCAGGCCAGGCCAGGCCAGGCCAGGCCAGGCCAGGCCAGGCCAGGGCCAGGCCAGGCCAGGCCAGGCCAGGCCAGGCCAGGCCAGGCCAGGCCAGGCCAGGCCAGGCCAGGCCAGGCCAGGCCAGGCCAGGCCAGGCCAGGCCAGGCCAGGCCAGGCCAGGCCAGGCCAGGCCAGGCCAGGCCAGGCCAGGCCAGGCCAGGCCAGGCCAGGCCAGGCCAGGCCAGGCCAGGCCAGGCCAGGCCAGGCCAGGCCAGGGCCAGGCCAGGCCAGGCCAGGCCAGGCCAGGCCAGGCCAGGCCAGGCCAGGCCAGGCCAGGCCAGGCCAGGCCAGGCCAGGCCAGGCCAGGCCAGGCCAGGCCAGGCCAGGCCAGGCCAGGCCAGGCCAGGCCAGGCCAGGCCAGGCCAGGCCAGGCCAGGCCAGGCCAGGCCAGGCCAGGCCAGGCCAGGCCAGGCCAGGCCAGGCCAGGCCAGGCCAGGCCAGGCCAGGCCAGGCCAGGCCAGGCCAGGCCAGGCCAGGCCAGGCCAGGCCAGGCCAGGCCAGGCCAGGCCAGGCCAGGCCAGGCCAGGCCAGGCCAGGCCAGGCCAGGCCAGGCCAGGCCAGGCCAGGCCAGGCCAGGCCAGGCCAGGCCAGGCCAGGCCAGGCCAGGCCAGGCCAGGCCAGGCCAGGGCCAGGCCAGGCCAGGCCAGGCCAGGCCAGGCCAGGCCAGGCCAGGCCAGGCCAGGCCAGGCCAGGCCAGGCCAGGCCAGGCCAGGCCAGGCCAGGCCAGGCCAGGCCAGGCCAGGCCAGGCCAGGCCAGGCCAGGCCAGGCCAGGCCAGGCCAGGCCAGGCCAGGCCAGGCCAGGCCAGGCCAGGCCAGGCCAGGCCAGGCCAGGCCAGGCCAGGCCAGGCCAGGCCAGGCCAGGCCAGGCCAGGCCAGGCCAGGCCAGGCCAGGCCAGGCCAGGCCAGGCCAGGCCAGGCCAGGCCAGGCCAGGCCAGGCCAGGCCAGGCCAGGCCAGGCCAGGCCAGGCCAGGCCAGGCCAGGCCAGGCCAGGCCAGGCCAGGCCAGGCCAGGCCAGGCCAGGCCAGGCCAGGCCAGGCCAGGCCAGGCCAGGCCAGGCCAGGCCAGGCCAGGCCAGGCCAGGUUAG